AUGGCCUUGCGCACAUCUGCCGAUAAUGCAGAGGAUGUGGCCGCGGGCUUCCGCAUGUUUCGAGAUCCUCUGCCCGAAUAUGCCACGGAAAUCACCGGCCUCAUCGCGGAUCUCUAUGCUAUUAGCGUCUCGCUGAAAUUCUUGGACGAUUUCGCUUCUAACCGUGCUUACCGCCAUACCCUGCACCAUGUCCAGGCAGAUCUGGAGCUAGUCGGGACUAGUUUGAAGCAUACUCUCGAGGACAUUGUGGAUUUCUUUGGUGACCUGGAAACUCGUCGCGGGCCGAGUCGAGAAGUCUUUAAGCGGACGUGGUUGAGUCUAUGUUCGUAUUUCCAGGAGGAAUCGAAGGAUUCGUUGUCGACCCGGCUUAUAAAAUAUAAGACAUUCUUGAAUGAGUUGCAGGAUGAGUUCAAGGACAAGGAUUCGGACGCUCGUCUCACAGCACGACUUCGAUCCAAUAUCAAAUCCCUCCUACUCCAACAAGAAUCCCAGAAUUCCCGAUUAGUACCUCGUCUCGGUGCCUUGACUAUGGGAGGGUCCUCGGGUAGCGAACCCAGCAGUCCAGUUAGUGAGCGACGGAGACCGCGCAAUCGCAGAUCAUACGAACGACGAAGACCGUCAUCAUCAAUGCAAUCACCUCAGUCACCGUUAUCUCCGUCUUCGGGGACAUAUUCGUCCGACUUUCCUCCCUCCGUUCCAGAUGUCCCAGAUUCACAGACGAGUUCUAGUGGCACCCAAUCGACCCUAGAUACUGCGGCUGAUCACUGGGCAAAGGAAGUAUUCCUGGAUCAGCAUACAACUACCCCUCUUCCGAACGUUGGCGAAACUUCGAAAUGCUUAGGAGACCCGAAUCCAGGUUUGAAACGGUGGCUUCGCGAUGAGGGGUAUGAAGAGCUGUUCCAAUUGGCAUUCACCGGCGACUCGGAUCUUCGAGUAUACAUGUUCUUCCGGGAGGACGAUCAUCGAGCCCGAAUCAUGUGCAAAGGCCCUCGCAGCUCUCGACCCAGUCCAUACUUCUGUAUGCCCCUGAACUUGCUGGAGGCUUACCGGAAUGGAUCGUGUCUUGAACUGCGUCGUCGUCGGCGCGGGGUUGCUGGUGAAGUAUGGGCGAAUCUGAAGUUCAGCACCAUUGAGCGAAUGGUCCUGUUCUUCUGUACAUUCCUAGCAAUGCGCUCGCAAGACUGCGGCCGACCAGUCGCACGAAUCCGCGACUACGAACUCGACGACGAAGUUGAGUUAUACGGCGGCCAAAUAAUCGACGACAAUUACCUCCACGCCUUACGCAUCUACCAAGACACCAUAACCGGCGCCGUCCGCCUCCAAGCCUCCGUCCACAAAGGCGAAAUGGACCGCUCCCCCGUCUGGACCGCCUUCAUCACAGACCAUAUCAAAGAGCACAUUAUGACUCGCGCGUGGAUCCGGCGGUCGCAGACUGAUCCUAAGGCUGUGUUUUUGCGGGAAUUGCAUCCGAGUGUGUUUGCGUUUAUGGAUUAUAAUCCGCAGGUUACGGCACGAGGGGAGCAUAUUUUGAGGUUUUUGACGAGGGCUGAUGCGGAUGCGUUUUUGCGUAAUAUUAGCGAGCUGAUUGCUGAAUUGGUUUGA